CGCCUGAUUUGCGAAUUUUUGUAUAAAAAGCACUUGUUUUGUUGACUGUCAUAUGUCGUUUUACUGUCUUGUCCAUUUUUUAGAUUUUUGUUAAAACAAAAAAAGGAGAUCUAUUUUGCCUAGAUUACCAUCGAAAACAAAAUUAUUUAUACAGAAUGGACACGAAUAACGCAAUAGCCAACGAAAACCAGGACGUCGACAAAUCCCUCUUUGAUGCAGAGCAGUUUUUGUCAAACUAUACGAAUCUAAGAGAGGAGUGUGAUGGGCUGAAGACAGAAAAUCAUGAGUUACAAAUGCGGGUUCAGCAGUUGACACAAGAAUUAAACCAAACUCAAGUUGAUAAACAAAAUCUGGAAAGAAACUUUCAAAAGGAAACUUUAAAACAUAAAGAGACCGUUUGGAACUUGAAAUUGGAAAUUCAAAGAUCUCAGGAGGAAAGGCUUUCAUGGAAAGAGAAAUACUUAGAUCUGUGCAUAAAAUCUUCACAAAAUGCAACAAAAGAAUUGAAUGUUGUAAAAGAUGCCAGGCAGAAUAUGAUAGUUGAAAAAGAUGACAGGAGAGUCAAAAAGAGAGGGAAAAAGAAAGUGACAAAAGUUAAGGCGAAAACGGAACCUGCUUCACAACCAAUCUCCAACAAUGAUGUAACGUUGUUAGAAGAGGAGGCCAAUGAAGCAGCAAAUAAAACUGACACAAGUCAAGAAAAUGAACCAGUUGCACAACAGGUUGAACUCUCACUAGCAACAACGUUACCUGAAGAGACAUCUAACAUGCCAACUGCAGACAUGGUAACUUCGUUAGAUGCUAAUCUCAAUUCUUCUGCCAGUGUUACACAGAAUCACGGGGUAACUACAGACACAACAGAUUAUUACAGCCUUCAAGCUGCGCCAUUUGACUUGAAUAAUCAAGGCGAAUCAGGAAAUACGACUACAUUUAUACUCCAAACAUCCGACGCGACGUUUUGUGCCACUGCUGUUAUCGAUGAUCAACAACGACCACAAUUCGGAAACACGACAACUGUCCCGUUCACCUUGAAACCAAGCAGUGAUAACUCUUUUAAUAACACAGCUGGCUUUCCCGAAAACAUGGAGGAUACCGAUUCAGACUCCGAUGAAGUAACUGAGUUUAAUUUCAGAUGUAAUUUAUGCAAUUUUACGUAUAGUGACCAACUUGGUUUGUCGAAGCAUAUGAAAGCGAAACAUACAGCAAAGACUAAUCUCUGUAAGGAAUGUGGGAAGGCCUAUAGUACUAAAAGCAGUUUAGCUCAACAUGUACAUCAUUAUCACAAGCAUCCCAUGGCGUACACGUGUGAGGUGUGUGACAAAAAAUUCAACAGAAAGGACUUCUUAACCAAGCAUCAAAAGACACACACGGAGGAGCGUUCUUUUCAAUGUACGCAUUGUGAUAAACAGUUCAAGACGAGUGCGAGUUUGAGCGCGCAUGUUAACGGUACUCAUAAUGAAACACGCAGAUUCGUGUGUGAUUUCUGCGGGAUGAGAACAAGUUGGAGAAUAUCUUAUUUAGAACAUAUGAAAUUGCAUACAGGAGAACCGAGAAAAUAUAAAAAGAAAAAGCAAGAGGAGCAACAGCAACGCGAAGAAGAGCAACAAAUGCAAAUGCAGCAGCAACAACAAGAACUUGAACAGUUGGUCGGUGAACCAGGUCCCACUGUCGUACAAUUUAUCACUACGGCGGAGGGUUGAUGGUUGAUUUAGUUUUUUUUAACUAAAAA